GUGGCGGGAACGCGAGGAGUGAAGUUGUGUGAUUUGUUUUAUUUUGUCUAUUUAAUGUUUCUUCAUGUUUAAAUGUGUAACAGCGGUGGUUUAUUAACUGCUUAGUAUCUGUGAAAGUGCACAAAUGUGGGAAAAUCAAACAAAGCCGCUCAACGUAACUUCUCGGAAUCUUCCAAAAAGUCCACUGAAAAAAUCUCAGUAAAUGACCACCAUUUUGCUGAGAUUAUAUUUCAUACCAUAUCACCUCAUCUUAUUUCAUUUCAUUUCACUUCAUACCUAUUAUCAUUUUUCAUAGAAAUAAAAUAAAAAUUAAAAUAAGGCUUGACCUAAAGGUCUUGGUCCGAGUCAUAAAAUCCCUUAAUUUCUUUUAUCUCAUUUAUCUAUGCCUUCAUUCAUAAACUUGUCAAAACUUCGUGCAUGUUGUGAAUUGCGACAAUACGCAUAGUUUGAGGUUAUAAAUAAUAACUUUGGUAAUUGUUAAUUAAAACAUGUCGUUCCGCGGUAGAGGAGGCGGCGGUGGAGGACGUGGUGGAUUUGGAGGCCGUGGUGGAUAUGGCGGCGGAGGAGGACGAGGCGGUGGCGGAGGGCGCGGUGGCCGUGGUGGAUUUGGCGGAGGCCGCGGUCGAGGGGGUGGUGGUGGCGGAGGUCGUUACCAAGAUGCUGGACCGCCCGAGGCUGUUAUUCCGCUCGGACAUUAUGGUUGGACCGUUCAAGACGAUCUAGUCUGCAAAGUAGACAUUGAAGACGUGCCGUAUUUCAACGCGCCUAUAUUCCUCGAAAACAAAGAACAAAUCGGCAAAAUUGACGAGAUAUUUGGCAAUCUACGAGAUUACUUUGUGUCAGUCAAAUUAGGAGAAAAUGUCAAAGCCAAGAGUUUCAAGGAAGGGCAGCAAUUUUUCAUUGAUCCCGCGAAGUUGCUACCUUUGAAAAGAUUUUUGCCACAACCGCCUGGGGCAAAGAGAGGCGCGGGAGGUGGUAGAGGAGGCCGAGGCGGUCGUGGUGGCAGAGGUGGAGGUGGAUUUGGUGGCGGCGGCAGCGGCGGUGGAUUUGGCAGAGGAGGCGGUGGUCGUGGAGGAGGCGGUGGCUUCGGUAGAGGUGGCGGUGGAGGCUUCGGUAGAGGCGGCGGCGGUGGUUUCGGAAGAGGCGGCGGAGGCAGGGGUGGUGGAUUCAGAGGAGGCAGAAGAUAGCCCAUGGACCUGCAGCAGACCUACAGUGUCCAAAAUUCUGUGUAUGGAUAUUUGCCAGGUGUCUGGUAUUUUUAAGAAGAAAACUUGAAAGUGUGCGUGAAAAGAAGUUGGAUUCCAGAUUUAAUACAUUUUAUUACAUUUAUACAUUAAAUAUAUAAUAAUAUGUAUAAUAAAAAACAACCAAAAUAUAAAUUGUUUAAUAACAAAACUGAACAUAUUUUGCAGAUUUAAAGCUAAACUUGUUGCAUACACAAACUAUCUAGAUGUAAGUUAAGUUUAAUAUAAAAUAAUAUUUUAA